GUGUGUGGAUGUGGGUGAGGGCUGCUCCCUGUGCCCUGAGCUGGUCCCUUUAACGGUGUCCCUCCCCGCUACUCCAGAGCUGCACUAUUGGCCUGUGGCCAGAGGCAAAUAUUUGCUAGUGGGGGUGCUCGGGGCACAGCCUGCUGGGACAGUCCAAGCUGGCCCAUGCGUUUCCGCACACAGGCUCCACGCCAGUCCCUGAGGCCGACGGCGCAGCAGGACGAUGCAGGCCGGAGCAGUGCUGCUGCUGGUCCUGGCUGGUGCCCUCAGCACAGGGCCAGGGCGUUCCCCUCUCAAUGACUUCCAGAGGCUCAAAGCCACCCAGCUGCUCUUCCUGAGCCAGCCCAGCCCCAGCACCAAGCAGGAGGAGCCGACAGAUGCCGAGGAGUGUGCCCGGCGCUGCACGGCGCUGCUGGACUGCAGGGCCUUUCACUAUAACCAUCAGCGCCACGGCUGCCAGCUGCUGCCAUGGACCCAGCACUCGGUGCACACCCAUAUGCAGAGGAACGUCCACUAUGACCUCUACCAGAAGAAAGAUUACCUGAGGAAUUGCAUCAUGGGAGAUGGGAGGAGCUACCGAGGCAUGCAGGCUGUGACAGAGAAGGGGAAGAAAUGCCAACAGUGGAAGCUGAAGUUACCCCAUGAUCACAGGUUUUUUCCCUCUCUGCGGAAUGGCCUGGAGGAAAAUUACUGCCGGAACCCGGACAAAGAUGAGCAGGGGCCCUGGUGCUACACCACAGACCCGGCCAUCCGGCAUCAGAGUUGCGGCAUCAAGAAAUGUGAAGAUGCCGUGUGCGUGUCCUGUAAUGGGGAAGAUUACCGGGGCCUAGUGGACCAGACGGAGUCCGGGCGGGAGUGCCAGCGCUGGGACCUGCAACACCCCCAUACACACCCAUACCAUCCUCACAAAUAUCCCGAGAAGGACCUGGAUGACAAUUACUGCCGCAAUCCUGACAGCUCUGUGCGCCCCUGGUGCUACACCACGGACCCUGCCCGGGAACGGGAGUUCUGCUCCAUCCGCAAGUGCACAGAGAAACGCCCGCACCUCACGGACCCCACCACCAGUUGCUUCAGGCAGAAGGGUGAAGGCUACCGGGGCAAGGUGAAUGUCACCACAUCGGGGAUCCCCUGCCAGCGCUGGGACGCCCAGACUCCCCACCGGCACCACUUCCGGCCCGAGACAUAUGAGUGCAAGGACCUGCGGGAGAAUUACUGCCGGAACCCAGAUGGCUCCGAGGCACCAUGGUGCUUCACCAGUCUGCCCAGCAUGCGCGUCGCCUUCUGCUUCCAGAUCAAACGCUGCACCGACGAGGUGGAGGUGGAGGUGGAGGACUGUUACCAUAGAAAUGGCGAGUUGUAUAGGGGCAAGGUCAGCAAGACCCGGAAGGGUGUCACCUGCCAGAAGUGGUCAGCAGGGUCCCCCCACACUCCCCAGAUCUCUCCCGCCAUGUUCCCCGCCAUGCACCUGGAGGAGAAUUAUUGCCGCAACCCUGACAACGACAGCCACGGGCCCUGGUGCUACACCAUGGACCCCAGCACCCAGUUCGAUUACUGUGCCAUCAAGCCGUGCGCUGGUGACAAGACACCUUCCAUCCUGGAGGCUGCAGGUGGUCUUCGACCAGUGCGGCAAGAGAGACGAGCGCCUGCAGCUGAAGGGCCGUAUCGUGGGAGGGCUCCCUGGGAACUCACCCUGGACUGUCAGCAUCCGCAACCGGGAAGGCGUGCAUUUCUGCGGGGGAUCCCUGGUGAAGGAGCAAUGGGUCGUCAGCACACGCCAGUGCUUCUCGUCCUGCGAUGCUGACCUGUCUGGCUACCAGGUCCAACUCGGGACCCUCUUCAAGGAUCCCAGCCCCAGCGACCCUGACAGACAGGCCCUCCCCAUCCUGCGAC